GCCGCUGGCUCAGUGAUUCAGUGACGUUUGUUGUGAGCUACUGGUUAGAUUUUAGCUGACGUAAAUUUUAAAAUAAUCCUCGCCAUGUCUAGAUUUGCCUAUUUCUUAGUGUGUAGCCUCAUCCCUUCCGUUUUAGGUGCAGGAGGUGGUGGUGGCCACGCUGUUGCAGAAAGCCAGGCUGAUGAUGUCUCUGAUGCUGCCAACAUCAAGAUCCUCAACAUAGACGGGGCAACAACAUUCAACUGCAGCGCUGCCAGCGGAAACAAAACUCGGCUUGUUGAAUGGUUCAAGGACGGACAGCACCUGGAGACGAAGGACGAGGUGACGGUGAAGGCCGACCUCACGCUCGUGCUGGACCCCACCACCGAGGACCACGUCGGUCUCUACGAGUGUCGGGCUACGACGAACGAGGUGCUGCUGACGCAGGAAGCGAUCGUUCUCUCCUACAAGAAGAUGCCCAAGAGCGGCACGGCCAUCGAGGGCGACAAGCUUACCCUCACUU